CCCGCGGGCGCGGCCAGGAGGCGGCGGGGCCGCGGCUACCCCCGGCUCCGCGCCCGCCUCGAGGCGCGGCGUGGCGCGGCCCCGGACUCUCCGCCUUUCCGCGGCUUUCUGUUCCCAGCUCCGGCGAGAUGUUAUGGCAGAGCCGGCGCAGAAGGGCGGCGUAGGGCAGGGCGGGCGGCGGGAGGAUGAGGCGGCGGCGGCCGCCCCCAGCUAUGAGGACUACGAGUGCAAGAUCUGCUACAACUACUUCGACCUGGAGCGGCGGGCGCCCAAGCUGCUCGAGUGCCUGCACACCUUCUGCCAGGAGUGCCUGAGCCAGCUGCACCUGCGGGCUGCCCAGCAGCCCUCCAGCGAUGAGCCGGCGCCCGGGCCCGGCCGCCCGGCCGGCGGCUCCCUGGCCUGCCCGCUUUGCCGCCACCGCACGGCGCUGCCCGACCACCGCGUCCACAGCCUCCCCGUCAACACCAAGCUGGCCGCCGCCUGCCCGCCGCAGCUGCGGGCCCGCGACCCGUUUCCCCAGGACAGCCUGCCGCCGCUGCCGCCCCGCCGCCCGCCCCGCGCCAGGGAGGCGGCGGCUGCCCUCGCCUCGCAGCCCUCCGCCGGCCGGGCCGGGCCGCGCUCCUCGGGCGGCGGCUACGAGAGCUGCCAGAGCUGCAAGCGGGCAGCGCUGAGCGCUGGCUGCGUGUGCGUCGUCGUCUCCUUCCUCUCUAUGGUGGUGUUGCUUUUCACCGGCCUCAUCUUCGUCAACCAGUACGGUGGCGACGCCGGGCCAGGCGCCUCGGCCUCGCCGUCGCCGGUGGGGCCCAUCUGCCUCUCGGUGGCCAGCAUCCUCGCCCUUUUCUCCGUCGUCGUCACAUGGCUCAUCUGCUGGCUCAAGUACCGGCCCGAGGCGGCGGGGGCGACUGGCGGGGCGACAGCCAACGGCACCCCGCGGGGCCGGGCGGCGAUCGCCCGCAGGAGUGACACGUAGCAUCGGCGGAGCGGAGCGGGGCCGGGCCGGGCGGCGGCGGGCGAUGAGGGUCUGAGCUAGGAUGGGCGAGCAGAGCGGAGCAGGCUGUAAGAGGACCCGCGGGUCGCUGUGAGGGAGAGCGCGGCCGGGCGGCCCUGUGUAGCAGGAGCGGGUGGGCCGCGGCCCUGCUCGCAAGGUCCCCUUGUCUAAUCGGUGUUAGCUCGGACACGGGCCAGGUCAUGGCAGUCCUGGGUGUAACGGACCUGCCCGGGGAGCGGCGGGACCCAGGCACCGGGCAGGGGGACACGGUGUGUCUUGGGAGCCAGGCCAGCCCCGCGGCUCUGGCACAGUCCCAGGUGGUGGGGAUGGUCUGCAGGGGCGAGGGCCCGAUAUGGAGGGAGGGAGGGCAGUACGCCUCUCCAGCAAAGAUAUCUCGAAGAGCCUCCCCGGGGAGCUGGGGCUCCGAGGCUGGCGACCGCGCUCCUCGCCACCUCGGUUGGGAGCGCACCGAAGUUUGGGUGCUCCCUGGUGCAGAAGGACACGUUCGCAACUGAAAGCAGACUGGCUUACUGUUGCCCCCACCUGGAAGAUAAUUGGAGAGAUUCGCUGUGAUUAGGAGCAGAACAGGAUCACGAUGUUAAAUGCGUUGUGUUUUCCUUUUUAUGAAGUUAACAAGUACAUACAGAAGAAGCUGUAACAUAAAUGUAUUAUCUCGAGGAGACUGAGCCAAAGUUUCCCUACAAUGUAUUGAGUACGGUUUUGUUAUAAUUUUAUUAGAAGGCCAUCGGGCCCUCUGCUGGUUGCUUAAAAUAAGCUUUCUUAUUUAGUUCUUUGAAAUUCUCAUUUAAUGUGGGAGACUGAAACAGUACAGUGCACACUUAAAACAAUUUAUGGAAGAUGAUUUAAUUAAUGGAGCUCUAAAAUAGAGCUAAGAGACUCCUGUGGUAGAGAGUAAUGUUUCACUGGCCACUGAUUCCAAUUUUUGCACAGUGAGAGAAGCCCACAUUAAAAUACGGACUUUCAUCAUCACCGUAAAAGUGGAUUGCGGUAGCAUAAUUUGUGUGUUGAACAUUUACCUUUGAGGUAGCUGUAAUAAGACGGUGGUUUUCCUUCUUGGUAAGUUUCUGUUCUGUGUUACGAGUUUCUGUAAAGGCCGGUAGAAGAUGAUUCUGUCCUGUGAGGUUGGAACAUCAGAGAUGUCUUUGAAAUGUAACAAGAUGCUCAUAAUCCGAAAUGGAAAAACGUUGCCCUGCAGCUGGUCUUGUAGUAUAUUAAGGAGAGCACUCUACAUAGAUACUGUUCUGUGUUGCAGGAUAAUUCAUUUGGUGCCUGAAUUUUUUUAACUUAAUUACUUAUAAUCUAUUAUAUUGGGAAUAAGAUAAUGCUGCUUAUUCCGUGUUUCGAAACAGUACUGUAAUGGAAUGAGGUAAUUAUUUUCGUGCUUAACAAUUCAAGAAUUUUAUGAGUGAUCUUUUAGUGUGUGUAUUUUGCAAGCUGUCUGCAUGAUACUCUGACACGUAUCCUCUUAAUAGACCUUUACUUGACCACUUCUAUUUAUCACAAGUGCAAAGGAAUUUACUAUGUAGAAAUGUAAAGACAGCGGGUGAAGUUGUGUGAUGUGUUUUAUGACUGCACAAGUGGUAUGUGCUGUGCAUUGUCUUGGUCAUCACAAAUCUGUGAAAAACAACCCCCUGGCACCCCCACCAGCCCAAGUGGUAUUUAUACAGACUCUGUUGCGAUGGAUGCAGUUCAUGGGAACAGUGUAUGAUUUUUGUGUCACUUAUGUCUAUUUAAAAAGAUCCGCACCAGCCUUUUAAAGUUGUAUAUCAAAACAUAGAGGCCCUGAGGAGAAAAAUUACUGGGUUCAGCUGCAGUUCUGACUGUGGUUCAUGUAUUUAGACCAGUGUUUUCCAACUGAGAGUUGCUCGUUAGCCGUGUAAAAGGUGUAUGCCUCCUAAAAUCAGGCCUGACCAUUAGCCCCUGUUGACUUCAGCAGUAGUUGUGGAUGUUCUGCACCAAAGAAAAAUCAUGAGACUUUUGUUUAAGCAUCUAAAUGAGAAUUUAGAUGGUUGACUUCAGGUACAAACCUUUGAAAAUUUUGGCCUUAACCUCUCUGUUCUUCAGUUACUGCAUCUGUAAAGUUUGAUAAUAGCAUUGACCUACCUCACAGGCAAGAUGUGAGGCUUUAUUUAUUAAAGUUUUUAAGCAAUUGGAGAUCCUUGAAGAGGAGGUGCUAUAGAAGUGAAGUAUUAUAAAUGAUGCUGUAGUAAGAAUAAAUAUAUGUAAAUUAAUGGACAUAAACAGCAGCAAUGUUUUCUGAGAAAAAUAAAUCUAUAAAAUAUGUACAUGUGUACAUCGUAUACGCCAAUAUAUGAAUUACCUGUUUGUGCUUCUACUGCAAACACAGCAUGCAUAUCCUCAUUACUGUUCCAUCAGGUGAGCGCCAGUACCUUGCAGUUCAGAUAAGCCGGGCCAGCAGUCACUGCUAUGACUCCAUCUCAUGCAGGCAUGCUGAAACCAGCUCUGAGGGCCCGUAAAGCUCAGCUGGAGCUUGCUGCAUAGUAGUUCUGCAUUGCUUUAUUCCUGUGGGCUUUCCAGCUGCACUGAGAGCGUGGCUGUUGCAGGUUUGCUGCCCGCACCAACGUGGGUAUGUUUACAGGAGCUGCAGUCGCAAUUAGGUAGCUAUGCCCUGAAAUACUGAUUGCAGUAAGAAAUGUAUUGUCCGUAUUUUAUUUUGUUUUCUUUCCCCAACGUAGUUUUAUUCUUGCCUUUUUUUUCUGUAAACAGUAUUUGCCAUUUUGACUAAACCAAUGGUUUCAACUGGGAUCCAUGGACUACUAAAGGAUCUGCAAAAGGUAAGUAAGAAAAGCAAAUUGAUCAACAGAAGCUUCAGUUUGUUACAUGAGGGUGAACUUUAAAAUGUUUAGAGGUUGGCACGUUGCAAAAAGUUGAAGAUCACAGGCCUAAACAGGAUUUUCAGGCUUACUCACAACUGAAUGCUCAUAUUACAUAUCAGGUUCCUAGCCAUAUAUUUUCAAAUAUUUCAGAGCCAAAUUAAAAUGGACAGUCUGAUCUUAUGCCAAACCCUUCUCUGCUUAUGCAAAUUUUGGGAAACUCCACUGGUUUCAGGAGCAUUAGUCUGGAUCCACAUCACAGUACCAGUCAGAAAAAAAGUCGCAUUGUAUACAUUUCUGGCUACUGUAGAAUCCCAGUAUGACAUUUGUAUUUUGGGUUCCUUGGAGUGUACAGAUUGCUUGUCCAAAGCCAAACUUUGCUUGAGUUUCAGUAAAAAAAUUACAGAAACAGAAAAUCUG